ACGAAAAGUUAUUUCCGGCUUUAUUUUUGCUAGUUGUUUUGCUUUGUUCAGAGACUGAUUUUACUCAAGGCCUUGUUUAAUUAUGCUGUCCAGGUCAGUUAGAGCAGAGACUCGCAGUAGGGCUAAAGAGGACAUUAAAAGAGUUAUAACUGCAAUAGAUAAAGUCAGAAAAUGGGAGAAAAGAUGGGUUACAAUUGGUGACACUACUAUGAGAAUAUACAAAUGGGUUCCAGUUUCUGCAUCAGAACCAUUACCUCCAAAUGCUGUCCGCAAAAGUUUAAAAGUGAGAUCACAUAUCAAAAAGAAAACUCGUUCAAAUCCUGACAAUGAAGCAUCUCAGGGAACAGAUGUCAGUAAAGUCAAUGUGAAUGAAAAUAGUUCCUCCCAGCAUGUCUACACAGAUGAAAACACACAGCAGUCACAACCAGACUCGCUCUGCAGUGAUCAAGUCAGCAACAUGAACGAGGACUCGUACCAGUCCUAUCCUGAAAACAGCAACACAGCCUUCUCCCAGUCACAGGACACGGACAGCAACCAGACAGACAUGAGAAUCGCCAUGAGAAUGAUCAAAGAUGAUAGAAAAAAGAUUUCAGAGGAUACAAAUGAUUCAGAGCCACCCAUGUUGGAGAGAGAACAAGAGGAUCCACCCACCAAAAAAUUAAAAUCAGACACCAGUAACUGAUUUUAUAUGAGAACAGAUUCAUUGUGAAAUAUUCAGUUCUUGUGUCUACCAUAGUAUGUUGUUUGCAUUUUAGGUCAAGAUUAGGAAGUAAAAAGUAUUUCAGUCAUACUUAUUUGCAUAUAAAGAUGUGUUCAUAAUAAAUUGUGUCAAGUAAA